GUGGUUGGUUUGCCACACGGGUUUCAGCAAGAUGGCUGCAGUUCUUCGAGCAAAUCAGGAGUGCGGGCAGUGAGCCAGCGGUCCACAUCACUCCAGCAGCAGCAGAAGCAGCAGCAGCAGCAGCAGCAGCGCUUCUCGCCGUCAGUCAGUGUGUAUGUGAGCCGCCCCGCCGCCAGUGGACCGAGCGGGUCACUUCUGACAAGUGAGAUGGUGAGAGGGGGGAGGGAAUGAGGCCAUGGGCUGCACCUCGGCUAAGCAGGUGUCGGCUGUGCCCAAUGACGAAGAGGGCCGGGGCAAAGCCUACAGCAACGGAGACCUCUUCACUGAUGAAUAUAAGAUGAAGGGAGUGGAGGAGGUGAAAUACAUGCGUGGAGAAGAAGACCGAGUAAAUGCACGCAACCAGGAGAACCUGGAGAAGAACUCAAUGCAGCACAGGACCAAACAGCACAAAGAGGUGCCUGGGCCCAGCGCCAAUAAGAUGAACAUACAUACGUCAGAGAGUCAGCAGGAGUUCUUCAGAAUGCUGGAUGAGAAGAUUGAGAAGGGGCGGGACUACUGCUCAGAGGAGGAGGAUGAUGUGACAUAGCAGAGAGGUCCCAGAUCUUGCCAGAGAUGGAAAUAGAGAGCGAGUGUGAACUCAAAAAUCAGUGUUUCCUAUGUCUGUAACACUCUGUCAGUCUGCGAGCGAGUGUGCGUGCGAGUGCGUGAGAGUGUGUGCUUGUGAGAGCGAGAGAAUACAGGACUUUUCCUCAUAGGCUGUUGCACCCUUGACCCCUUUUCCUCUCUUGGGGUUGCCUUGUUUGGAGAUCUAGAUGGUUUGGGGUGAAGAACGAACAGCUUGAUUGAUGUAAUAUCAUCACAGACUCACUCUAACGUGAAAUGAGGACCCCCGUCCCCCUCUUCUCCUGUCCUCCUACGGCCAGCAUUGAAACGGCCCCCUUCCUCCUCCUGGCUUUGACAGAGCCACCUGAGAGAGAGAAAAAGAGAUUAUUUUGAGGAAGGCAAGUUGAAAGGAUAUGGAGAGAAGAAAGACGACAUGCCCCUCCCAGUCCUCAUUUUAAGUGGCAAGCCAGAGGAAAAGAACUGACAUAUGGAAGAACCAGAAUAGAGCUUCCGAACAUCUUCUGGAGAUAACUGGGAGUGAAUGUAAAGAUGGAGUGUUGUGAGUUUUUUCGGGUGGGAAUAAUUAUUAAACAAGAGAUAUUUUAUUAAGAACGACUAUAUGAACGAACUGGCAGAUUAUUUGAUAUUUUGAUAACAGCGCUGUGGCAAGUCUGGACUCCUGCAUUUUUGAAGGACCUUUUUUAAUUUGUUGAGACUGAUUUGUUUGUUCCAUAAUUGUUUUUUCCUAUUUUUAUUUUAUUUUUUUUAUUGCAUAGAUCAGACCUCUUCAAGCUUGUGCUGUAAAGGACAGGUCUGUACAGUGACCCCGUUACGCAUUCGGUCACACGCGCACACAUACAUAAAUAAAUGAUCACCACACCCUCUUUCCACACACAAGUCCUCACUUUCAUUUUGUAUAUCCUGCUAUUAUUUGUAAAGUUCUCAGAAAAUAGACGGAACUACAGUCAAACUAGUUACUCACACACAUCCAAAUAUAUCCCUAACAGCCACCUGCACAUUGGCAGAGUUUAACUUAAAGAUCCGUAUUGACCGUUUGUGCUGUCCUUUAAUAAAGGUAAUGGACUGUGAUGAGACUAGGGCAGAGGAAUUGGGUUGUCUUUUGUGUGUUUUUCGAGGGCUGUACUUGUGUUCAUCUGUGUUAGAGAACCGGGUCUGAUUGUGUUAAUUGUUGUCAAAGGGAUGAGGUGUUUGUUGUAGGCCUAUAUGCGUUUAGCUAGUGUUUACCUCUGUUUCUCACCCUGCCUUUCUCACUCAAUAGUAUUCAGUAUUGUUGACUAAAAUUCAUCUGGUUCUCACCCUGUACUCUUACAGUUCAUAGAGACCAUUAAACAGUAUGAGGUGGGGUCACUUUGGGGGACACGGCGCUAGCCAACCAUCUGUCAUGAUUACUGGAUUGAUUCCUUUUAAUUUUUUUUUUCAAUGUUUUCUUUUUCUAUUAAAAUAUAAGACACUGGA